GAACGCAGGCAAUGUAACGGAUAUCACUUCGCAAUUAGAUGUGCAACGAUUAACAUUAAUUUAUACGAAAAAUGGGCAAGGCAACAUAUUUAUUUUGGUUACUUUUUGGAAAUAUUAUCUUCGUAAGUUCGGCACAAAAUGUCAUCCCACCCCACGUGAAAGAACGAAUCGAUUCUCUGGUUGCUACAGUCAUGGAGGUCGAGCACGUUCCCGCCUUUGGGUUAUCAAUCGUCAAGAAAAACGGGGACCUCUCGUACAACACAGGAUACGGGUUACGUGACCGGGAAAAUAAUUUGAGUGCCGAUAAUAACACACUUUUUGCAAUUGGCUCCAUUACGAAAAGUUUUACCGCCAUUUUGGUUGUCAAAUAUUUGUCCGAGAACCAUCCAACUUUAGGAGGGUCCGUGUUAGAUGUACCGAUUCAAGUUCUGGCGCCUGACUACGGUUUCAUCCUGGGAGAUAAAUACCGCUCUGAGAAGAUUACCUUUCGCGAUUUGCUGGCACACAGGGUGUGCACUCUACCCGAAUCGGCCGGAUUUUGGGUACAAGCGUUAACCGAUGAGAAGGAUUUUUACUACCGACAACGCUAUGCUCCCGACUGGUGUGGUUUUAGGGAUGGUUUUCUCUACAAUAACGGACUUAUCGGAAUGGCCGGACAUAUCAUGGCUCACAUGGCAAAUUCUACUUACGAUGAAAUGCUCCUCGGUCUCUUAACCUCUAUCGGAAUGAGUGACACCACGUUAAUCAAGGAAACCGACGAUCACGAUAAUAUGAUGCAACGAGCCCUUCCAUACUUGUGGAAGGAUGACCAACUAAUCCGAUACAAUUCGGAAUUACUAAAAACCCUUAUCGUAGCAAAUGCGGCCGGUGGACUUUUAAGUUCUGCUAAUGACAUGGCGAAGUAUAUGCAGUUCCACUUAAACAAAGGGAAGGUUGGAACGGAACAAAUCGUAUCGGAGGAAGCAAUGUCAUGGUUAUCAACUCCAGCAAAUUUGGUAUAUUAUGGUAUAGCCAAAACAGAGGCAGACCCCGAUGCUGUACCCUAUACUGGAGUAGGGGCCGGACUAGGUCUUGUGAUUACGGUUUACGAUGGAUGGGUAAAAAACUGGCAUGACGGGUAUAUCCCUCCGUUUUCAAGUUUGAUGAAUCUUUAUCCCGAUUUGGGGCUUGGGAUUUUUAUGACCAGCAGCGGACCUGGUCAUUUAAGGAUUUUAACACAAGAACUUCUGAAUAAUGCUAUUUUUGAAGUAUUGCAAGCAAACGUUACAUUGCCUGAAGUGGGCACCUUCCCAGACAAGUUAGCGACUCCACUUAGUUUGAGGCUUGAUGACCAAAAUACGCGAUUGAGAAACGUACUGGCCUUCAAUCCCGCAAAAAAAUCAAUUGCCCCUAAGAUUUCAUUGGAAGAAGCUGUUGGGACGUUUGGAAGUGGACUUAAUGGUGAAUUGACACUAUCUUUGAAAAACAAUUCUGCCGGGGUUCAACAGUUGCAUUUUGAAUAUGGAAAAGUUCUUCGUGCCUGGUUGAACCGAACGUCACCGUCGACAUUUUCAGUCACGUCGUGGGAUUCCGAUUACUGGAUGAUGACCUGGUCUACGGAUGGGGGAGCAAUUACGAUGACGCUAGAGUUUGAAGAUAUCGACACGAUUCACUUCUUGGAUGCUGGACAGGAAGUAACAAUGCCGUUCAAGAGGGGUGAAACGGUAGCCGACUUGCCAGAAAUUCCGUGGGAGACGGAACCCUGCAAAAAUGGGGGCAUUAGGGAAAUUGGGUCACUUGGGCCGGUUCUAAUUUUGGGAAUGUUUGCACAUUUGUAUGUUUGAAUGGUGUGAAAAUUAAAAAAGUAAAUCAUUACAAUUCUUAUAAGUUCAAAGAAAUUUUUCACACACAUAUAAUUUGGAAAUUACGAGUAAAUAAACACUAUUUAUUCAUUUAAGUAUAGAAUUGUAUUCGCAGAGAAUUGAAAGUGCAAAUAUGCAGAAUAUUGUCAUUUUACAAUUAUUGAUUCGAAAAGCUAAAGAUCUCGCGUUGCAGUAAAUAAAUAUACAUCCAUACGUA